CACUUCUUGGAAACAACAUAGAUUGUAUAAAAUAGGGAAACAGUGGGAAGACACACAGGUUGUUGAAAACUUUAAAACACAUGGCGAGGAACAAGCCAGAGGAAAUAGUUGAAACUUGUAUUUUCUGCCUGAUCGCCCACGGUAAAGAUGAAGAAGCUGAAGUCAUGAAGAAGAACAAAGAGCUGGUGUGUUUCAGAGACAUUGACCCUGCAGCUCCUCACCAUUACCUGGUUAUACCCAAACAGCACAUAAACAGCUGUCACUCUCUUCACAAGGGACACAUUGGCCUCGUUAAACGUAUGGCUGAGAUGGGGAAAGAGGUCCUACAAGAUCAAGGGUUCACUGAUGCAAAGGACAUAAGAAUGGGGUUCCACCAACCUCCAUACACGUCAGUGAAUCACCUCCACCUCCAUGUGCUCGCACCCGCUAACCAAAUCUCAAUGUACUAUGAGUAUAAAUUCAUUCCAGAGACCGACAAUUUUCUCACUGACGAGUAUCUCACUAAGUUUCUAAAAAACUGUAGUUCCACCAGUCAGUCGUCUGGGAUGCUGUGUUGUCUUUUUGGGCUAGAAACUCAAGACAAAAAGCAGGAGAGAAACAAACCUACCUGAGGAGACUGAACUGGGAGGAGCCAUGUGUAGAGGAAGCUGUGUGUAAGAGUGGAAUGUACGAAGCAGGAACUGACGACUAUUAACUGUGAUGUGAAAAAAUGAUUCGGCACAUAUGUAAACUGUGGAUGAAUUGAGCGUUUGUGUUCAUUAAUGUAUAGACAGUUUAAGAAUUGAUUUAUAUUGUUAUGGAAACUGAUGGUUCCUUAUACAAACUGACAUUGACUGACACAUGAAUGGUGAUCUUGUAACAAGGUGACAAUUUGUCUGAUACCAGGCUAAUUAAAAUAUAUUUAUGAAGAUUAAAUUAUCUUUCCCAGAA